AUGGAGGUCGAUAUUCCGACACCGAGCAAUAACUACACAAUCAAGAAAAUUGAGACAGAAGUGGGUACUGAAAAUCUCACACAGCAACGAGUGAAGUUUUUCCUAAAAGCAAAUCAAAGAGAAAUCCAAAUUGACGAUUUGAAACAUAUCAUCGUUGAAGGAUCGGUUAAAGUCAGCAAUGCCACAUCAGUUGAAAUUAAUCUCAACCGGGCCGAUUCGCGGCGGAAUGUCAUAAAAAUUAAGUUCCGAGAAGCACCAAUUGAAGCGUGUGUUGAAUUAUCUGUCACUGGUUUUGUGAAACAAAGAAAUACAUCAACAGGAAGAGAGGAAGUUCGUAUGGAAUCAAAUUGCGACAUUAUGAAAAAUGUCAAGAGCUUGUUUGGCAGUAUCGACUCAACAAGGGACUCCGUCGACUUCAAACCCAAAGAUUUGUUUCUGAAACGAUGGCCAACCCAUCGGAAAUUAAACGAUCUGUACAUGGGAAGGAAGAUAAAGUCCCAUCAAGUGGAGAUAACAAUGAAGGUGAUGAGAAGUAUUUCAACGGGGCAAGGGAUGCGAAACCAGGAAGGUCAAAACCCAGUUGUCGUUGUAGCUGAUAAAGAGUACAAAUUCAGUCAUGUCUUGGACUUCAUCAAAAAUAAGAACGACGGAACUGAAAAGCGAGACAAGUUCAUUUGGGGAACCCCAAAGAUUCGCGGACAAACUUUCUUGACGAACAUCACCGUCGGUGAGCUAGUUACACGCACAGAAGGGCUUCCUAUCGUGAUGAUGCCAGUAGAGCAACGGCAACAAGCGCUCUCUCCAAUGACGGGAAAUCCAACUGCAAGAAUGGAGGGUCACAGUCAAAGCUCCCAACAACAAGGCCAACAUCAAGCUCCAAUCCAACAGCAAGGUCAAGUCCAGCAACAAAACCAACAACUCCCUCCGCCUCAGAGCAGUGUCACUUCAACGAACCCCGUUGAUAACCUUCUGAACCCUGCAAACAACCUCCCAUUCAACCCAACCGGUUAUGGUCUUCUGUCUGAUCAUCUUAUCCCGAGACAGCGCCAAGAAACGAUAGAGUACUUCAGUAAUCAACCACUUUUUAACCCUGAUGAAGCAGGGCGUCAGCAGCUAAGUCAGGCGGGAAAUCGUCUUCGACACAUCGCAAUUUUCCAUCGAAAUUUCCGAGCCGCUCUCGUCCAGUGCGUCAAUAAUGCUCGGCCAGAAGAUCGUCCCAGAUAUAAUGAUCCUGAACGAAUGACUCCUGCAACUCCCCAAGCAAGGGAUCUUGGCCACACUGUCCGCCUCCUCGCCGACGACAUCAGAACAUUCGGCCUCGAACUCAUCCGGCUCGGCGCUGAGUUCCACAGAGAUCCGAACUUCAUGGGCGACGACGAAGGUAGAGAAAAAUUCCGGCGGCUCAUCCAGAACAACAUGGACGCCGCUCGAUACCUUCAUCCUCUUUUAACGAAUUUGACGAACAUAACCAUUCCUCUGCCUCAUGAUCCACCGCGAUAUUUGAGUGUUUAUCAACCAAGAUAG